AUGAAUUUAAUUUUAACAAUUAAUUUUUUUAUUAUUAAAUUUUUAUUAGUGCAGGUACAAAAUCCAAUCAAACAAAUACCUUAUAUACCAUCAUUUGGAGGUACACAAAUAAGAUGGUAUGCUAAUCGGUCUUCAAAGCUUAAUUUAACUGUUAUUAAUCAAGGUUUACAAAUGAUUUCAGAAAAAUCAUGCGUACAGUUUGUACAAGAAACAUUUUCUCCUACCUCAAAGGUGGCACCAUUCAUUGAAUUUAUGGACAAUACUAAAGUUUUUUUAAAUAAUUUCAAUUUUAACGCCACUGAUGAUAUAAUGAAAAGUCCUUUACAACUUCAAAUUGAAUAUAAGUGUAAUAAAAAUCCGGGUUGUAUUGCAAAAAAAGUUUUAUUUAGUAUGGGUAUGGCACCAACAAUAAGAAGAAAUGAUAGAGAUAAAUUUAUUACAUUAAACAAAACGAAUAUCAUAGACAAAUAUGAAAAAGAAUUUGAAAUUUUAGAUAAAGCUAAAUUAUAUGGCACAGGAUACGAUUAUAGUUCCAUUGGACAUGCUUCAGAAUAUUAUAGAUGUUUGUCUGCUCAAUCAAUAUUCAAUACGAGCAUUCAAACAUAUCUUACAAAUGUUGGUCAAGAAUAUGAGCCAAGUUUUACAGAUUUAAAGUGGUUGUUUUAUCGUUUCUGUUCUGAUCAAUGUACAAAUACAUUAAAAUGCCAAAAUGGUGGAUUCCAAAAUUACGAUGGUUGUGUAUAUUGUGACUGCCCUAAUGGUUAUAGUGGUGAUCAAUGUGAAAAAAUUGAAAAUGGAACAAAUUGUGAUAUACAAACUAUGUUGACAGCAACAACUCAAAACAAUUCGGUGACAUUUUCUGGAGCCAAACUUUGUAAUGUUCUAAUAAAAACAGAUAGUGGAAAAAAAAUAAAAAUAGUUGUGGGUACAGGAUAUCUACCAUCAGCCUAUCCUUGUUUUGAAAAAAAAGGAUUGACAAUAAAAUAUCGGAAGGAUAAAGGUUUAACUGGAAUUUCUUUCUGUACAUACGUUGUCCAUGAAGAGUUACUUUCUGAAGAUGAAACAGUACAUAUUCAAUAUAAGGGAGAGAAAAAUAAUAAAAUAACAAUUACCUAUCAACAAGUUAAUUGA